CCAGACCAACAGCCGUAUCGGUCGCCGUUCUUCUACAACUCGAAAUUUAAUCCACGCCUGCCACCACGAGCCCUUUUCCCGACAUUGUACACUGCCCAUAAAACCGUCGAGAACCAUUUCAAAAACCCAUAGGGACAGUCGUCAACAUGGGUGGCGAUCUCAACCUGAAAAAGAGUUUCCAUCCCUCCCUCAUCAAGAACCAGGCCAAGGUCUGGGAGGAGGAACGAAAGGCCCUCGAGGAGCGCAAGAAGACACAGCAGAGAAUCAACGAACUCAAGGAAGAGCGCGAGCGCGAAGAGCUGCAGAAGAAGCUUGAGGCCGCCGGCCACACCAAACGAGUCGAUCGCGUCGAGUUUCUCUACAGCGGCCCCACCGAUGGACAGACUGGCACGACAGAGGAGCGCGAGAGCUACCUCCUCGGCAAGCGCCGCAUCGAUAACUUGCUCAAGGGUACGGAGCACAAAAAUCUAGAGAAGCAGGCUGGACAGGAGAGUUUCAUGGCACUGCAGGCGGCCAACACAGCAAGAGAUACCGCAGCCAAGGUCCGGGAAGACCCUUUGCUCGCCAUCAAGAGACAAGAGCAAGCCGCCUACGAGGCGAUGAUGAAUGAUCCCAUCAAGCGCAGACAGCUGCUGGCAUCUAUGGGCAUCGCCGACGACAAGUCAAAGUCCAAGGACAGAGAAGAGAAGCACAAGAGAAGGCAUCAUCAUAGACAUCGCGAUGGCGACGACGACAAAGAAAGGCACCGACGGAGGAGGCGGUCCUACUCCAGAUCCAGAAGUCCGCGCCGGCGGAGAGACGACUCUGAAGACGAGGACCGCCAUGAGAGACGACGACGCAGCGAUUCCGAGGACAAGCACAGCUAUCGACGCAGACGGUCUUCGAGAUCGAGAUCGCCACGCCGACGCGAUCAUAGCGACAAGGACGACUACGGCAGGCAACACCGCCGCGACCGCCGUGGGGACCGUGAACGAAGAAGGCCUGGAUCGGUUUCCGACGAAGGUCGUGCCGCCAGACGACGAGAAAGGUCACCUCAAGGGAGCGACAAGCGGGAUGACCGAACCGGGGACGCACCGGGGUACCGAGGCCGCAGGAACUACGACAAUCGGCGGCAAGACCGGGACAGACGACCCGACGGUCGUGCCAAUAGUGACAAAGAACCGGACAACGGAGCUGCGGAUGAGGAAAGGGCACGUAAGCUAGCAGCGAUGCAAUCGGCGGCUUCUGACCUCGAUACCGACCGAGUCCGGCGGCUAGCGGCGCUGGCAGAGCGUGAGAAGGCCGCGCGCGAGGCCGACGACCAGGCGAGAGAGCGGUCUUCCAAGUACGGCGACAGGGAGUUCGUCAACGGCCUGCACCGGAAAGCCGGCAACAUGAGCCUGGGAGAGAGGAUGGGCCGCGGCAGGCAAGGUCUGCAAAAGGACGAUGACUGAGAGGGCGGCGUGCGGAGCAUCUCGGCCACCACUUGGCCGGCUCGCGGGUACCCUUCGGCUAGGCACACCGUACAGUGCUACAGAACAUGUAGAAGGGGAUAUGAAGGGAGCACGGUGCCUACACUACUACUACUUAUCCACAUCAAGCGCAGAACAACAAGUACGAUACGAGGGGAACGGGCCUUGGUAGCAUUGGCCAAUGGAUCGACUCGGCAAAGCCCGACGGCCCACGGGAAGAUGGCUGGAAGGUAACUUUUUUCACGAAGGGUUUAUUAUGGGAUAGGACCCCCCCCCCCGCAGAACACGUCGGGAUGUAAGUUUUCUGGCUGCACGUCAUCAAGCGUCCUUCUAGAAUGUUGAGCAGCAUGCAUCCGCCUGCAGAUGAGCGGAUGAGUUAGCACGUAUCUUAAAUACCCACCCCGGGGCGACACUGGACGGUCGCUGAGGAAUGAUGAAAGAUUGUUUUUA